AUGGACAUCAAUACCAACAGCAGAGGCAGUCAUGCCAGCAGCAAGCCCAAGCAUAUUUCUAGACUCAGAAAAGAGAUGCUCCAACAUCGUAUGCACCAGAACCCCUUCAGCUCACCACCAUCAUCCACGGGCUCCCACGACACGGUCAGCACCACCACCGAAGAGCUCUCCCGGAAUCUUUCCGAUUUCUCCUUCAGUCCCGACGGCGAGGGCACCCGCCGACUGAGCCAAGAGCUGCCCAAUCCCUCCAAGCGCCACGCCUCCCGGUCAGGCCGCUUCGGCGCCAGGCAGACGGACACGGUCCUCAACACGUCGGUCAUUGCUCGCACCUUUCCCGAGUGGACUGGUCUCUUGUCCAAGGCCGACGUGUCCCUCACCAAAACAGACGACAUGGCCGCAGCGCUCGAGCCCGUUUCUGCCUCCCCGGGCGGGAAGGAGAACAUGCCCCCGAACCAGGAACGUGCGGAUGAGAAUCCCUUUGGGAAUGUGGCCGACGCAAAGAGGAAGCGCGUCCGCGCCGAUCUACAGGCGCGCGUUGAGAACGAGUCCGACUGCUCUACCGUCCUCUCCCUCUCGCCUGGGCGGCCGGCCUCGGCAUCGCGCCGGUCCCGGUUCGCGCCCACCCAGCCGGGCGCCGUCCUGUCCCCCGAUGCCGCGAAGCGCUCCCUCCAGGACAUGGCGUCCAAGAUCCGGACCGAGAAACACACCACCAGACACGACGCCACUCCGAAGCGCUCUCUCUCCGAUGCACAACCCGACCAUGCAACCCCGGCUCACGCCGUCGGGCUCGAUAACAGCGUCAUCACCCCCACCAGCCGCUCCUUCUUCUUACCUCCUCUCCGCCAUCUCCCCGACUGGACUUCGGGGACUCUCAAGUUUAGUACCAUGAAGAACGGCGUCCCUGUCUUCGUCAGGUCGGGCAAGUCUGGUGUCCGUCUGGACAAGCACGGCAGGGACCACGACGAGAUUCACGAAGUCGGCAUCAGCAAGGAGGACGAGGAGAUAUUCGUCUCUAUGGAUAAGCUCCAGGAGGAGGUCCGCGAGCUCCACGACCACGAUGCGAUGCUGCAGCGCGAGGCCGAGAGGCUGCAGCGCGAAGUCGACCUGCUCCAGGCUGAGCUCAAGAGGCUCAAGGGCCGGAAGCUCUCGGAUAGUGCCAUCGGCUCAGAAUCCGAUGCCUCGUUCCGGCGCAGCGGUGGGCCUAACGAGGAUCUGGAGCGUGAGAUUGCGCAGCUGCGGGAUCGUCUUGACCAGGCUAGUAGACAGGUCGGCGUCAACGACAUCCACACUGCUGCCCUCACCGCGGAGCGCGAUGAGGCCUUGCAUCAGGCCUCUGUCGCCCGCGAGCGCGCCACGAAGCUCCAAGCCGAGCUGGAAGCCACGCAGAGGGACCUCGAGUCUUCUCUUCACUUGCUGCAGGAGAAGGAGGAACUGCAGCUCGAGAACGAGAAUCUGCUUGCCGAGAACCAAACCCUCAAAAAUCAACGCGACUCGGCACUCCAGAACAACAAGAGUCUGACCGCCGAGAACGACAAGCUCCGACGGGAACUCAGCGGGGUACAGAAAGACCUCCGCAUGACUCGCGAGGAGCUGGUCUCGGUGCGCAAGCAAUACGAAGCGCUGCAGGAGGAGAAGCGCCAGCUCGCACAGGACCAUGCCAGCAUGGAGCGCAACAAUGACAACUACUACAAGGAGAACAAGAAACUGCAGGCGCAAGUGGCCGCCCGGGACCAACACAUCGCCGAUUUGAAGAAGGGCAUCAGUUCUCGAGACAAGAUGCUCGAAAACAUUGAGGGCCUGACAACGAACACGGCCGUCCUCGAGUUGAAUGCCGAACUCCAAGCCGAAGCCGAACGGCUACAGACCAAGACGGAAAAGCUGGCCGCCGAGCUGCAGCGGAAGGACAGCGAGCUCAGCGUGAGGGAGGGCCGGAUUCGCUCUCUCAAGGAGGAAAAUCUCGACCUUUCUAUCGAAAAUGAAAGACUGCGGGAGGAGAACCAGCGUCUUCGCUCCGAGCAAGAGGAAACACAUGGCCAGUGGGUCAAUGAGAGGCUUAAGGCGGCUCGCCACAACCAGUCCCGCUCCAAUAAGGCGGUGGAUGAUGAUACCGACGAUUGUGUCCGCUUGGACGAUGACUUCAAGCAGAGGGAGGCGGCGCUCCGGAAGAAGCUCGAGCGCCGUGAAGCAGCCGUCCAGAAGGUCAAGCGCUUAUCCAACAGAAUCAGCGAAAUAGCGGAGCAAGAGUUCACGGGGAAGUCGGCCAAGGUGACUCGCAUCGUCGAGCCACGGGAGUCACAGACGGCGAUGGACGAUAUGACUGGAAAGAGCAGCGCCGUCAACGUCGACGACGACCCCACAAGGGAGCUUCACCUCACCGACGGGGACUCUGACUUUGCUAGCGUCAUGGAGGGCGAAAUCGUGAAGCUGAAGCAUACUUAUCGGGAGCUUCAGAAACGGGCGCAGCAGCAGGAUCUCGAAGUCACCGACCACUUGCCGCCCUCGCUUCCCCCGACUCUUCAGAGAAGCAAAUCGGAUAGCGGAAUCCCCUCCAAGUCGGCGCAGCAGAAGGCUCAGCCCCCCGGAAUCCUCAAGAAGUCUAGUCAAUUCGAGGACACCGGCCGCUUCAGCGUCAAGUCAGCGCUGAGCGUGGCGAGCCUCCAGACCGAGGAAGAGGCUCCCAACACGGUACGCAACCGCAGGUCUUCGCAGGGCAACACUCAAGACCUCCCUCGUCCUGGGUCGCGUCUCCGCCGCAACUCGGAGGCGGACCGCGACGCGACGGAGCCCAACAUGACCUCUGCCUUCUUCAUGCCCGACAUCACGCUCGAUGGUCCCAAGCAGGGCACCGCCAAGGAUUUGCCGCAGCAACCCCUCCCCUCCCUCAGCAGAGACGCCCGCCGGGUGUUGGACGGGAUCUGCAAGCACAAUUCUGUCAACUGCAACAUUUGUGUGCGGAUUGCCGCCCAUGGCAGCGGCGGCAACAACAGCUUCGAGAAAACCACGUCGGCUCCGGCCGGCCACAGAACGACCUCCACGGCCGCUCCCGCCUCCAACAAGAUCCUCAUCACGCCCGAGGACGUGCGGCGCGGCAAGAAGAUCGUCUCGGCCGAGAAGCCCAUACCCGUCUCGGACCGCAUGCACCAACCGCCGUUAUCAGGCCAGGAGGACCCCACCGUCCGGCCGGCCAUGCCGCCCGGAGAAGCCCUCGCCGUGCUCAUCAAGGAGACGCAGGACGAGAUCGACCACUUGCAGAUGGAGCUCAAGAAGCUCAACGAAAUCUAUUUUGGGCUCGACAAGUCGAUCGGCAUGCGGGAGCGCCGCCGCGUCAUGAGCGAGAUCAAGCGGCUGCAGGGCGAGCUAGAGGCCAAGAGCGGGCACCUGUACCGGCUGCACGACGUGCUCGAGGGGCAGAAGCAAGCCGGGCAGCUGAUGGAAGGGGACGGGGUUGACGUGACUGUCCUGAGUGGGUUGCUAAGAGCGGAGUUGGAGGGCGAUGGGGAGGAGAUUGGAGGGACGGAGACGGGGAGGAGCGGGGAGGUGUGGGAGGGGUUUGAAUAAGGAGUGAGGUCUUGCCGGCUUGCUCACUCGUGAGCGCUUUGGUUUCAAGAGGAUAAGCCUUGGUCUCUCCUGAGGCUUGGCGGCGAUGAAGUAGCGUGGUUGUGGUGGUGGUGGUUGUGGUGGUGGUAGC